AUGACGGCGACAACCUCCUUUCGGGAUGGAUCGGCAGGAGGAGGAGGAGGUGAACAAAGGAGCGGUAGUGCGGUAGUUGAUGAGCAAGGGCAAGAACAAGGACAAGGGGGAGGAGCGCUCAACAGAGAGAGAAAGUGGGAUGAUGGGUUCCCGUUCCCAUUGACGGAAGAGCCAGGUCAUCGACAGGAACGACUUGCGGCACGUGGAACUGGAAGUCGUAUAGGAACAGGAAAGGGCAACGACCGAAGUACCGGAGUAAGCCAAAACGGUCACCGCGCUCAAGGAAACGGCGGUGAUGGAAACGGUACAUCUUUAGACAACAACGACAAAGGACAACAGCCACUUUUACAGCAGUCUUCAUCAGGGACAUCCAACUCAAAAGACUUGUAUGGCCACAAUCACAAUCACAUGUCCCUAGUAUCAGACCCACCGAGCUCAAAUGACACAGACACGGACUUUUACUCGGCCUCAGAUACCGAUACCCAAAGUAGUACCGACUCCUCUGACUCGGAAGAAGACCGCCGGAUAUCGACUGAACUUCACCGCGAAGUUUUCUUUAGCGCUGUUGGUGAGGAGGAGGGGUAUGAAUUGACUUCUACCAAUACAAAAAAGAAGUCAACCAGGAAGUCGAAGAGAAAGGGAAGGAAGGGGAACAGAAAAAGGGGAACGAGCAAAUUCCCCGAUCUUGAUGAUGGUCUACUUGACAGCGGUAGGCGGGGGAGGAGGCAAAGGCAAAGGGGAGUAAGUGUCAGCACAGCGACAAGCGGUAAAAGCUUCCGGAAAAAGCUACGAUAUACGCCCGAGGAGGAGAGGGCGGUGGUGAAGAAGUUUGAUCGCAAGCUGGUGCUUUUCGUGGCGCUGCUUUAUAUGUUGAGCUUUUUGGAUCGGUCUAACAUCGGCAACGCCCGCAUAGCCGGCAUGGAUGAAGACCUCCAAUCGACUCCUCCCAAAGAGGACUGGUACGAAUGGGCCUUGACAGCCUUCUACAUUGCCUACAUUUGCUUCGAGUGGAUGUCCAUGCUCUGGCGAUUGAUACCCGCCCAUAUCUACGUCUCGGUCAUUGUCUUAUCCUGGGGCUUGACGGCUUCGCUACAGGCUGUAGCAGUUAACUACCCCAUGCUCAUCUUUUUGCGCACAAUGCUGGGUAUAGGCGAGGCGGCCUUUACGGGAGUGCCGUUUUACCUCUCGUUCUUCUACAAGCGGCAUGAGUUGGCUCUUAGGACGGCCAUUUUCAUAUCCGCUGCCCCCCUAGCGACCUCCUUCGCCUCCUUCCUCGCCUGGGCCAUCCUAAAACUAGGUUCCAUCUCCCCCAUCCGGCCCUGGCGACUCCUUUUCUUGAUCGAGGGAUUUCCCUCCGUCAUCGUCGCUGUCUUAGCCUGGCACAUCAUCCCGGAUUCACCACAAACAGCUUCCUACCUCACCCGUCGCGAAAAGAAAGUCGCUGCUCUUCGUCUCCUCCCCGCUCACCCCUCCUCUCAAAAACCCCAAGGCCACCACGGCCUCAAAACGCGCGAUAUCCUCACAACCCUCCUCUCCCCCCACACGUACCGCUCCCGCUCCUAUCCAUUAAUCUUCCACGCCCUCCUCUCUGCCUCCGGCUACUCAGUACUAGCCCUUUCCGAGUCCCUCGGCUUGCAGCCCGGUAGUUGGAUCCGCUACCUAGCCGUCUACCCCGCUGCUAUCGGCUUCUUUAACGUGGUGGUGUUGACGAUUGCGUGGAGUAUUAAUAACCAGCGGACUGAAGGGGGUAAAGGGGCUGGGUUUGCGCUGAUGCAAGUUAUUGGACAAAUGGGGCCGUUGGUGGGGACGAGGCUGUACCCGAAGGGGGAGGGGCCGUAUUGGGCGAGGGGGAUGGGGGUUUGUGCGGCGGCGAUGGUUGGGGUGGCGGUGUUGGCGGUGGUUUUGAGAGGGUAUUUGGUUUGGAGUAAUGGGAGGAUGGAGAGGGAGGUCGGGUAUGAAGGUGUGGGUCAGGAUGAGGAGGAGGGACUGGUUGAUGGAGAGGGACGGCGAGGGAGGGAGGGCGAAGAGAAGUUUAAGUAUAUGUUGUGA